ACUUUUGAAAGUCACAUUUUAUUUCUGUGUUCAUUUGCCACCAAACCAAGCAAGUCUCAACUCCAACCUCGUAACUGAUCGCAACAAGUAGAAUGUCCACGUCGGCGAAUACGGGCAUGCCUAUGAUGGGCGUGUCAGAUCUGGAGUCCAACCUAAAGCUACUCGAACCAGGCAACUCGAAUGAACAGAAGCUGAUCGGUCUCAUGAUGAUUGGGCUACGGUUGAAGAACUCUGAGGACGACCUUCCCACUUUAAAAAGGUUCUGCGAUAGGAUGGACUUCAAGUUUUUGGACAAGAUGCUGACAGCAAAGGAGGACGUUGUGCAUCCAGACACAGAGGUGGGACCAGAAGGGAUCAGGGGAAUCGCUUGCGACAUCCUGUACUACCUUUCGAGACACAGAGAUCUGAUUAUCAGAAAAGAGCUCGUGGACCGACUUCCAGCAAUGAUAAAGGUUGUUUCGCCAACUGACGAGACCGAAAAUACCAAGAAAAUUAUUGAGAUCAUGGCCAAGAUGGCAGUUUAUCCUGAAACAAGGUGGGCUGUGACCAACGUCGACCUGGUGAUGGCUAUGUUCGACUACAUAUAUGCUGGAUUUGAUCGGAAGAAUACGGAUAAGGCGCAUGAAUAUGCCGAGCACAUCUUCCGCGUGGCACCUAUCUCCAUUUACGAUGGCUAUGAGCAAGACCCCUUCAGCGUACAGAAAUUCACCAAGGAUUGGGUACCAAAGAUCAUGGGCAAGAUGGCGGAGCCGUUCAGCAAUGUGAAUGAAAAGCACAAACCAGAGUUGCUGAAGAUGAUCAAUAACACUAUGCAUUGCCUGCCAGAGGAGUACAUGAUACAGAAUGCUCGCGACUGCCCCAAUGAGACAUAUCACUGGUCUAGGGCCUUGAAGUCAGGACUUCUUCAGAUCUUGAGCACCAGCACAAAGCAAGAACAAGAAACGCGGGACGAAGCUCUGAUAGCGAAUGGGCUUCUUGCGCAGAGAAUGGGGAUGACCUGGAUGUUCCGUAGUAGUUGGCCUGUUACCAAGGUCUUUCCCAAGAAGAGGACGACACCCGCCUCACUGGUGUCUUCUAUGGAGAUGCUUGGACUGUCGGAUAAGGAGAUGGACAAGAAGUACACAGCUCUGGUGCUGCAACUGACUUGCGUGGAGCUGCGCAUGUUGAUGGAUGAGCUCGGAAACCAGAUUACAGCUCCACCGCCGCCGCCAAAACCUAAGACAACCAACCCGAAGGAGAAGAAGGAGCGCAACAUACGGAUGGAAUUUUUAUUUCCGUUGGCUUUGGAAGUGUUGGAGCAGACGGUCUCAUAUCUGGUCAGCAUUUCUGAAGACUUUGAGGAGGUGGACAAAGGAGUAUUCGACGCGUCUGGGGUGCUGAAGGUUCAGGAAAUGCUCCAGCCAACGUUCACAGCCAUUUUGGAUUAUGUACUUGACCUGCAGACGAGCAAGAAGGGCACGCCGGAAAUACUGUGCAAUCACAUGGAGUACCUCGCAUGUCUAAAGAGUCUAUCAUACUGGCUCAUGGAAGAUGAUUCUCUGCACGCCAGAGCUGUCCCGCUUGUCAAGAAACUACGCCAGGUGCUGAGACAUUGCAAGUCAAAGAGUUCGCUCCUCUCGCGGCGGUAUUAUCUGGAGCCGAUUCUUGAACGACUCGAUAUGGUUAUUGCCAAUGAAUAAAAAAAAUGUCAUUGCGCG